GUUAUAUCUACGACUCUGAUUUGGUUUGCCACAUGGGUACGUUAAUUAUAUCUUGCGGGACGUACGACGGUAGUGUAUUUGCACUCCAGUAUGACUGCCAAACACUGGAUAUAGCUGGACCAAAACAGUUGAAGCCUGUUUUUGUGGAUCCAGCAGCCCAUAAUUCUGCAGUUACUAGUGUCGCCACUAAGGACGAUUUGGUUCUCUCUGGUAGUAGUGAUGAAAUCAUUCAGAUAUUUUCGUUACAAUCCAAAUCUCGUCUCGGUGCUCUGGAAAUGCAUGUUGGCACAAUAAGACAGUUGAAAUUCAUCACGGAGCCACCAAAUUCCCCCUAUUGCCAUAUGUUCAGUGCUAGUGACGACGGUUGCAUUGCUAUUUGGCGCUGUGAAAAUGCAGCUGACGGCGGGAAGCUCACCAAAGGCAAAACGCCCUCAUCAUGGGAGUGUAUUCGUCAAAUUCGACGGCAUAAAGGACCAGUUCAAAGCAUAGCAGUUCAUCCUUCUAACCGGUGUCUUUUCUCUAUCAGUGAAGAUAAAACCUUUCGAGUGUGGAAUCUUCUUCGUGGCCGGCAAGCUUACGCCAUUAGGCUGAAGAAUUUAGCAGAUGGAGCACGUGGUGUGUCAGUAUCACCUACGGGGAGUCGCCUCCUUUUAGUUUGGCCGGAUAAAUUUGAUAUGAUUAACCUUAUUGGUGGUGAAAUUCCUACCGAGGCUAAUCGUAGUGGUGGUGGUGGUAAAACUGAGGCAUUUAGUUAUGGCAGUGUCCAGUUCCCGAAUCCAACUACUUCAGAGCCUGUAUUCUUUAGCGAAGAUGAUGAUGGUGAUGAUGAGACGACAGAGAACCAAGCAUUGUCAGAUCCACUGUCUGCUUAUGUUUUAGUUGGCGUUGAUUCAUCCCUUACUCUCUUUAAGUUCAGCAUUGGCGGCAAAAACUCGUCUGACUUAGGCAAACCCUGCAUGACAAGUAAAGUAGUUUUACCAGGUAAACGUAUCAAGUUCCUUCAAGUGCUGAAUUGGCCAUCCCAUUUAGUAGCAAGCGAAACACUAUGUCAAGGACCACGUAGUCGUUUGCUGGUAGCAGUUACAACUGAAGCAGAUUGUAGCCAUAUCCGAGGUUAUCUUGUCAAUCUGAAUGUGACAGAUGUUCUUGAACCAGGGAAGUCAUUUAUCCCAGUGUUCACCUAUGACGUAUGGAAUGCUCGAAUCACUGCUUUAUCCGCUGCAUGGAGUCCUCCUCCUCCUCAAAUGGCUACACAGAAACACUCAUCUGAUUGAUGAAGAUUCCGCCGCGGUUGCAAAUCUCACUAUGUAAUAAUUGAAUUUGUACAGCUCUCAUCUGUAAAAUUGAUUAUAUGUAAAUAUAGCUCUCUCUCUCUCUCUUGCAAUUAAAA